AUGGGCGUGAACGAAGAGGCUGGAGGUCAUGUUCGGCCCCUGUUCAACAGUCGUGUAUCGUUCACGGGCCAAGAAGAUGCCUCAUCGGUACUGUAUCUUCGACUGGAUCUGCAGGCGGUCAGGACUUACAUCUGCCUCGAGCUGAACAUAUGGGUCCACCCAGCAUCGAGCGAGAUGCUGGCCGCUUAUAGUGUGACUCUGACGGAAUGGUGGGCAGAUAUGAAAUGGUUGGCAGAUACCGAAUGGCAAUUAGACAACUCUCGCUCAAGGGAUCGCUCUAUGCUCAAGGACGGGCUACUACUCCUUGCGGACCUCAGUGGACGGUGGGAAAGGUCCGCAUAUCACAAAGCGCUGGACCUUCGAGGGGAUCCUCCUGAUCUCCAGCAGACUCUCUCGGCUCUUCUACGUCUAGCCGCACGCCUGUACACUCGAUUCUUGGCACACACAGCAACGACUACUUGCACAUUCGCCAAGACCACCGCACUUCUGCUUGCAGCCACAUCGCCUUUGCUCGAGCCCGUCUUGGUACCCACAGCGAGAAGUCACUAUGCAUGGGAGGUGGUCGCAACACUUCAUGACCAAGAGCUAGAGACCAAGACUUAG